AUGUGGCUCUUGAUUUUCUUAGUGUGGUUUGUUAUAUGGGCAGGGGGUACGUACUGGUAUCUGUUUGGGAAACGGAGCCCUUUCUCACUGGAGUCAGUGAGACCCCCUGGACCUCGUGAGUAUGAUCAGAAGAAGCGGGACAAAGUCAUCAAGCAAGGUUUCAGUGUUGACAAGGUGCCCGAGAACCUGGAUGUCAUUGUCAUCGGUAGUGGUAUUGGCGGGCUGACAGCUGGAGCCACACUGGCCAAAGCAGGGAAGAAAGUCCUGGUUCUGGAGCAACACGACCAGGCAGGAGGCUGCUGCCACACUUACAUAGAGAAAGGCUUUGAGUUUGAUGUUGGGCUUCACUACAUCGGUCAGCUCCAUGAAAACAGUCUGUUGCGUAUCGCCUUCGACCAGAUCUCUGAGGGCCAGCUGGAGUUCCAGAGGCUGAAUCAACAUUUUGACACCAUUCAGAUUGGCCAGGGCGAUGAGAAACGAGAGUACACCAUCUUCUCUGGGAAAACUGAAAUGAAAGCCCACCUGUUGAAGCAAUUCCCUGAUGACACGGAGGCCAUCGAGACGUUCUUCAAACUCAUGAAGAUCUCAGCUAAGAAGACCCACUACCUGGCAACUCUAAAGCUGAUCCCACAGUGGGUGUCGUUAUUCUUGUUGAAGUCAGGCAUCGCAGACCUCGUCUCCCCAGUUUUCAAACUCUCUGGCACAUGCGCAACAGACUUGGUGAACACCCUGACCAGCAACAAGGAUCUCCAUGUCAUCUUUUCUUAUCUCUUCUAUGGCGUGCCACCGAAGGACUCCAGUAUUCUGAUCAACGCCCUCCUGGUUCAUCACUACAAACGAGGUGCCUACUACCCUAAAGGCGGUGCCAGUGAGAUCGCCUUCCACAUCAUCCGUACCAUCCAGAAAUAUGGAGGAAACUGUCUGGUCAGAGCUCCUGUCUCCCAGAUCCUGGUCAAUGACAAGGGAGCAGCUUAUGGUGUGAAAGUGAGGAAGGGUCAGGAGGAAGUGGAGGUUCAUGCACCUGUGGUCGUCUCAAACUGUGGCAUCUUCACCACUUUCCAGAAACUUCUUCCUCCUGAGAUUCAAGUAAAGCCAGAUAUUCAGGGAAGACUGGACAUGAUGAAACACGGCAGAGGAUCAUUCUUGGUCUUCUCUGGCUUUGAUGGAACUCAAGAGGAGUUGGGCCUCGAGUCCACCAACUUCUGGCUGUUCAAAAACAACGAUAUGGACAAAUCGAUGGAGGACUUCUUUGCAUUGAGCAAAGAGGAAGCACCAGAUAACAUUCCCAUGAUGUUCAUCACAAUGCCAUCUUCCAAAGACCCAGAGGCCAAACUAAGACACCCUGGAAAAUCUUGCAUGACAAUACUGACGAUGGUGAAGUAUGAAUGGUUUGAGGAAUGGAAGGACACCACCGUCCGCAAAAGGGGUGAUGAAUACUACAACUACAAAAUGAGAUUCGCCAAAAACCUCUUUGACUGGGCCUGCACUUUAUUCCCUAAAAUCAAAGACAAGCUGGUUUUCCAGGACGUGGCGACUCCACUGACCAACAUGCACUACCUGGGUGCGCAGCGUGGCGCCAUGUACUCCGCUGAGCACAACCUGGAUCGUUUUGACGCUGAGGCCGUGGCAAGGAACAGGUGCAACACCCCUGUCAAAAACCUCUACCUCUCAGGCCAAGAUGUGUUCAGUUGUGGAAUUGCAGGUGCUCUACACGGUGGACUCCUCUGCGCCUCUACGGUGUUAGAUCACAUCGUCUACAUUGACUUGCUCUUCCUUAAGAAGAAGCUCAAGAGGAGGAAAGCCAGAGAGCUGGCCCAGCUGGCUAAGAAGAAACUACAGUGAGAGCGCUCUCUACUUCCCCUAAAGGACAAAAGUAAAACUGCACAAACCUGGACCCUUGAUUGUUCUGAUAAAUCCAAUAGUGCCUUUUUCUGACAGUUCAGACAGGAAUUGAUUUAAUAUUCUGUUUAUACUAAAAGGAAAAUAUUUAAAGCAUUUUCUGACUGGAUAUCAAUCUAGCAGAUUCAAAUCUGAAAACUUCACAAAUAGUUGAUGUGAAUGUCUUUUCAAGAAGUGAUGAGAGGUUUUUUUUUGUCACACCAUCCACAGUCAGGUUUGUCAAUUAACUUAAGCAUGGCUAAGUGCGAGAACUUUGACUCUAAAAUAAUCCAGAAUAAUCUUUGUGUGUGCCUGGUGCAUCCUUAAGUCUGUUAAUCUAUCCUAUAUAUAUAAUAUAUAAUAACUCAUAAUAACUCAUAACUCUCAUAAAAAGUCAGUAUUUUUUCAUAUUUAAUCACACUUAGCUACCUGUAAGUUUUGAUUACUAAUUAGUUACCUUUAGAGCUUCCACAUGUUCUCACUUUGUUUGCUUUUGAGGUUGUUGCCUAUGCUGGUCAAUGAUCUACCAGGGACAUAGAGAUGAUUUUGGAUCGUUAUAAUUCAAUUGGGAGGCCACACAAUGAGGCAUGCAGCUUCUCAAUAACAUUUUUAAAAUUGCAAUACUGCAGUCAUUGCAUUUAAUUGGCCGGGGGGUGUAAAUGGUUUUGUUGGGUUUUGCGGCUGCAGGAACAUUUCGAUUCUUCUCAGUAUUUGCAAAGUUUCACAGGUUUGCCGUUAAUCAUGAGAAGAAAAGAACUUUAUUUUAUUGUCUUAUUUAUGUCCUAUGUAAAAUGCUUAAUUCUUUUGAUUUAUAUUCUGACCUUCAAGUGUAUUGGGGGAACAAUUUUACUGUGUUAUAUUGGUUUCAAGUAAUGUUAUCUCAUAUAUUGCAUUAUAAAACUAAGAAAAAUCAAAAAUGCUCGAUCACUAGUACAAUUGUAUGUACAAUACCAACUGCCUUGAUUUAUAAAGAUUUUGUAAUGCCUGUUUUUGUGAUAGACUAUAUGUACAGAUUUUUUUCCUAAUGUAGAGUAUAUCUUUUUACUUCAAAGCUUAGUCAUUUUUGCAAUGCACAUAAUGCACACGUAUCUGUAUUUUUGUCAUAUAUGCUCAAUAAACUUGAUAAAACAAGUCAA